AUGUCUGGGGACACAAGCAGGCAUGACAUAUUAAUAUCUGUCUCUAUCUCUGGCCCACACCGCUAUAGUGGGGCGACACUCCGGGCUCACUCUCGUGCGAGAUCCGCUCGAGACUCUCUGACUGAGUCUACAGAUCGUGUUACCCAUCAAAUGAGCCACUUGAUUUGUUCCUUCACUGCCACCGGGUUUCCCUUUGAAGGUCCUCCGGCCCUGUUCUCCCUGAUCACCACUUCCCAGUCUGCCAGGCUGAACGGCGUGUGGGGAAAGGAUAUAUGCAUAGAGCUUUGUUUCCCGCUGUCGUUGCUGAUGAGAAGUGAAGUUGCAUCGACUCAACACAUGCUUUCUUUCAUGCUAGGAAGCGGAGAACUGCCCAGAAUCUCGAGCGUUAUAGAUAAGCGAUUCAGGCUUGACGGAAACCUAUUCCCGCAUGACUCUCCAUCAUAA